AUGCCCGCCUUAUUUCGCGCGCUGUCAUUCUGGCUUCUUCUGGUAACCAUCGCCAGCUUGACGCCGGCCGUAGACGCCCAAGAUACAGUCUACAUCACAGCCAAGACUACAGUUGACGCAGUGAAAACCGUCUACGCGACACCCACUGUCCCAACUCCUGCAUCCUACACCUCAGUUGAUGACUUCAAGGAUACGGUGUUGAAGGUCACCAACGAGUAUCGCCGUACACACGAUGCCUCUCCCUUGGUAUGGAAUGAGACAUUAACGGAAUAUGCCCAGAAAUGGGCAGAGAGCUGUAUUUGGAAACACUCCGACGGACCGUAUGGCGAAAACCUAGCUUUCGGAUAUUCGAAUGCAUCGGCGGCCGUAGAGGCAUGGGGUGAUGAGCGCACGAUGUACGAUUUCGAUAAACCCACCGGUUUUACGGAAGCGACGGGCCAUUUUACGCAGCUUGUGUGGAAAACUACGACCGAGGUGGGAUGUGCUGCUAUCAACUGUGGCUUGUCCCGCAAAAAGAACGGAAAGCGAGACAAGAUCGAGGAUAGCGAUGAGAGUGAUGGCGAUGAGAGCCAUCUAGUUGCCAGAGAGCCGGACGGCAGUACGCGAGCGCAGGGGUGGUAUGUCGUGUGCGAAUAUACACCUGCAGGCAACGUGGUCGGGAAGCACGACAAAUACUUCAGGCUGAAUGUGAAGCAGGGUAGCUCAUCGCAAACAAGUUCGGCUACAACCGCUACCUCGACGAGGCAGCCGACUGUGGGCGCGUCUAUGAGAUUUGCGACGGAGUCGCAGCUUUUCUUGGCGAUAUUGUCGCUAGUCACAGUGGCUGUUGGUAUGAGUUUAUAUACAUGA